UCUACGUGACUUUACCGAUAGAACCCAGAAGUUGUUAAAAUAUGUUUUAUUGUAUUACCGGGAACCGAAUGGACAAACAAAAAACAAAGAUUUGUCUCGGGAGCCAUUCGUCCAUCCAACAGUGGGUUGACACAGGGCUUAUAAAUAAAUUAAAUGCUGACCGGUGUCCAUGGGAUCAACUCCAAACCAUCAACUGUGAACCUCGUCUGGGUUGCGCGUUACGAGGAAGCUCGCGGCACGGCGCGGGCAGCGGUGGUGCAGUGCCACGGGGCCGCGCUCAAUCUCGCCUCUGGGCGAGUCAAAACACCGGCGCAGCUGACGAAGCACAGAGCCGCUGUUGCUGCAGUCCCGUCACGGCGCCACGCUGGCGGCAGCAGCGGCAGCGGCGGCGGCGGCUCUCUUGCCCUGUAUGGUGGUGAUCACCGGGCACCGGUGGCUGGAGGCUACGCACGUGGCCUCUCAUCUCCAGCAAUGUUGUGGAGGCAGCACCAAAGGUGGUUCACACGCGAAUGUUGCGAAGCUCCCUUCCCCGUGCCAUGAGAAUGCGGUACAGCAAAGCACGCACUAUUAUCAUCCAUCAGUACAGUACAUUACGGUUCCGACUUACGAACGUUCGAUUUACGAACGAGUCUCAAUGAACUAAUUGUGUUCGUAAGUCAAUGACUACUCGUCUAUGCCAUAUUGUGUUUCUGCCCUUGCACGCCUGGGUUUUCUCCGUGUAUUCCGGUUUCCUCCCCACAUUUUUAAACGCUUCAUUAAUUGGCUGAUAACAUCUUAAUUGCAGAGCGGGGGCAAUUGUUCACGCGUGUCUGUGGUUCCAAUAGCGAUGGAUGACGACACUAUAUAAAACUAAACUGUACUAUUAUCAAGUCCUGCUUCCCAGCAUUCGGCUUCUCACCCUGCCCGUUCUUUUUAUGUUCAUUUUUUUCUAUCAGUGGUGAAAGCCACGGGCACUGAGAGGCCGUCUCUCGUGUUUGCUGCACAGCACACGGACGGCGGGGUCGUCCGUCACGGAGAAUCGAGCGGAGCGACAUCGGAGGACAUCGGAGGACAUCGGAGGAGCACCUUUAAAGCAUCCUCGUCUGCAGGGGUGGAGAACGCUUCCCGGGACCUUGUUGGGUGACUCCGUCUUAAAGACGUCAUCUGGAGAAGCUUCGCCUUAGUUUCAAGUUAAUUUCGUUUAACGGGGUGAGGACAAAGAGCCCAGAGGGGACAUAAAAGGGGUCACUCGUAGGCCGACGUUCUUGAGAGGGACCGUCUGCAGGAGCUGCACCUCAAGACCACGUCUCCUGGAGCUGCUGUCUCUGCAUCUCGUUACCACCGCCAGCAGCAGCAGACAGACACGGAGAGAGCGAGCGCCGGCGACAUGGAUGCGGUGAACGGAACGCGCCUCUCGGCACACUUCGCUGGGCCGGGCACUGCACCGGACAUGCAGGGCCUCUCAUCGGCCACCGCCACCUCCGCCGCCGACAACCAGCCCAAGACGCUCUACAUCCUCAUCCUCGUCUCGUUCUACGGCUUCUUCCUGCUGCUCGUGCUGCUCGGCUAUCUGCGCACCAAGAAGCCGCUAAGCUCCCAGGACCCGUUCCACCUCUACGUGCAGCGCGAGUGGCUGGCGCCCGCGCGGCCCGCAGCCGCCGCGGCCGCCACGACCGCCGGGAGGCCUUCGUCGUCGGCGGCGACGACGACGGGGGAGCCGGCGCGCUGCCCCAGCGCCUCCUCUUCCGGCUCCUCGGCCUCCGCCUCCUCGAGAGUCACGGCGGCCGCGUCGGGGCAGCCGCCGGGGGUGCCCGAGAUCCGCGUUCAGGCACCGACCGGUGAGGAGAAGCUGCGUCCGCUGUGCCUGGCCGAGCGGCGCAUGGGCAUCGCGGCCGUGUAGGGAGGGCGCCCCGCAUGAGCGACGUCCGUCGCACCCCGCGUCAGCAACGGCCACGGCAGCUGUGCCCACGGUGCCCGCGGGGCCCGGCGUUUAGGCCGAGAGAUACGGAGUGGAGCGGCGUGCUGGCGCUCGCAAACGGCGCUGCUCUGCCGGUCGGCAGCUGUAAUGGGCCCAGCUCCUAACCUCCAGCCCCUUGCUCAUCCACAUUUUCCGCAUGCGAGGUUAUGUUGCGCCCAUCAGGACGGCCAUUCGGGGUGGUAUUAACCAUAGCCAUCAUCCGCUGUGAAGUGUUUUUUUUCUGUUUAUUUAUUUUUGGUAUAGCCCUGUGAGCCAUUCGGCUCUUGAAUCGGGGUGCAACCACAACAAACAAAAAAACAAAAA